UUCUCGACUGUUUGAUCUCCUUGACGGAAUAUGCCCGAACCUGCGAUGUUUGCAUUCCGACUGUUUAUGAUGACACGGACGGUGAUGAGAUAAUGAUUGAAAUAAGAGAUGGAAAACACCCGUGUAUACCGUCCAACAACUUUAUCCCUAAUGACACUUUAAUUGCUACGAAAGAAACUGCUCCAUUAAUACUCUUAACAGGUCCCAACAUGGGUGGUAAAUCUACGCUUAUGCGGCAAGUUGGACUCAUCACAGUGAUGGCACAAAUUGGAUGCCACGUGCCUGCAAGCGCUUGUCAAUUAACACUCGUCGAUCGCAUAUUUACCCGUCUUGGAGCAAACGACGAUAUUAUGGCUGGUCAAAGUACAUUCCUGGUUGAGUUGAGUGAAACUGCAGCUAUACUACAACAUGCAACAACUCACUCGCUCGUUCUUUUGGAUGAAUUGGGCAGAGGCACAUCCACUUACGAUGGAACGGCUAUCGCGGCUUCAGUGGUCGAUGCUCUUACAAAGAAAAAGUGCAGGACACUUUUCUCAACUCACUAUCAUUCUCUUGUUGAAGACUUCAAAGACAGUGCCAACGUUUCUUCCGCUCACAUGGCUUGUAAGAUAGAGAAUGAGGACGAAGGUGAAGUUACGGAACAAAACGUGACUUUCUUAUACAAGCUGAGCCAGGGUGCUUGCCCCAAAUCCUAUGGCUUCAACGCUGCUAGACUGGCUGGCAUACCUGCACACAUAACUAAGCGAGCCCAGGAAAUAGCAACUAAACUAGAAAACGAAGUAAAUCUUCGACACGCCUUUACUACUCUUUGUAAAAUCAACGACGGCUUGUCCAUGAAAAGCGUACUUAAGAGUUUAACGACUCUUUAAAAAUUAUUUGUUACCGUUCGUGUCGUUCUAUUUUGUAGUUGUAUAGUCUUGUACUAUUUGGAUUUAUAUUUUUGUACUCAUGAAUGAAUUCCUGAAUUUAUUGGUUCCUACUUAAUGUUUUACUUACAAAAAUAACCAUA